UGUGAUCGGGCGCAAGGAAAGUUAGUGCUUAAUUUAAAGAGCCUUGAUUAAAGAGGACUUAUAAUUGGUCGUUUGUUUUAAGUCGAAUUCGAAAACUUUUAUUGAAAAAAUAUGGAAGUCUUAGAUGCAUACAUUCAGUCAAAUAAUGUAAAAAAUUUUAGUUAAGAGCCAAAUAGGUUUUCUAUAAGCGUAAUCUGUAUCCUGUAGCUGCGAUGAGAUGAAAUUAAAUGAAAUGUGAAAGAGCGUAAGCAUAACUGUAUGACGUUUUGGUGGUGACUACUUUACUUUGUUCAUUACGUAGAAAAAAUAAAGAAACCGAUUUUAACUAGGAAACUGAAUAUGAAGUAGUUGAGUGUGUAUGAGUUAAGAUUAAAGUUUAAUAAGGCUAAUGGCGAAUUUAAGACAAUUCUCGGAAAGAAGGCAUAACGCCAUUACAGAUGAACGCUCAAUUUUGUCCUAUUGCUACUCCUACUCGUAGCCUAAUCAUAUGUUUAACUUUAGUUUUAUUUUUAAGAAGUCCAUUUUGGAGUUAAAACUAUACCAUUUCAGUUUUAGAAAACUGAAAGACAUAACGUGCAUGCUGAACUAAGCCGGCUAGACGAGUUAAUUUAUCCACCGUUUGUAACUUAUAAGUAGUAAGCCUACUAAGAAAAAUAUCCGACAUGCAGAAACGAGAAGAAGCCUCUCGACGUGUUGCUAAGCAAGGUACCGGACCAAGAACAAUACAUGGUCAACAAAAACAAAACCCAUCAACUAAUUCGGGUGUUUUGAUGGUUGGACCAAAUUUUAAGGUUGGAAAGAAAAUUGGAUGUGGUAAUUUUGGAGAGUUACGGCUUGGUAAGAAUCUGUACAAUAAUGAACAUGUAGCUAUCAAAUUGGAACCCAUGAAAUCCAAAGCUCCCCAACUUCACUUAGAGUAUAGGUUUUACAAGCUUCUUGGAAAUCAUGAAGGAAUACCAAAAGUAUACUAUUUUGGGCCUUGUGGGAAGUACAAUGCUCUUGUGAUGGAACUUUUGGGACCCAGCCUUGAAGACCUUUUUGAUCUCUGUGAUCGUAAAUUUAGUUUAAAGACUGUUUUAAUGAUUGCAGUACAACUGCUUCAUCGGAUAGAAUAUGUUCAUUCCAAACAUCUAAUAUACCGUGAUGUGAAACCAGAAAAUUUCCUAAUUGGAAGACAGUCAACCAAAAAACAAAAUGUUAUUCAUAUAAUAGACUUUGGUCUAGCCAAAGAGUACAUAGACCCUGAGACUAACAAACACAUCCCAUACCGGGAACACAAGAGCCUUACAGGAACAGCAAGAUAUAUGAGUAUUAACACACAUCUAGGAAAAGAGCAGAGUAGGCGAGACGACUUGGAAGCAUUAGGCCACAUGUUUAUGUAUUUCCUUCGGGGCAGCUUACCUUGGCAAGGGUUGAAAGCAGACACACUCAAGGAACGGUACCAAAAAAUAGGAGAUACCAAGAGAGCCACAUCUGUUGAAAUACUUUGUGAGGGGUAUCCAGAGGAAUUGGCCACAUAUCUUAGAUAUGUGAGACGACUUGAUUUCUUUGAAACUCCUGACUACGAUUACCUUCGAAAACUGUUUCAAGAUCUCUUCGAACGAAAAGGUUAUAUAGAUGAUGGAGAAUUUGACUGGACAGGCAGACAGUUGUCAACUCCUGUGGGUUCACUCCAGACAGGGCAAGAAGUAAUAGUUUCACCUAAUAGAGAGAGACAUAUCACGUCAAAUACAAGGGGGAAUCAUCAGAGAACAACAGCUUGGAGUGAACAACCUAGACAGUCGGUGCCAAAUCUAUUGAGUGGACAUCUUACUCCAGCCGAUCGUCAUGGUUCGGUUCAGGUUGUGAGCUCAACAAAUGGUGAACUAGCAAAUGAUGAUCCAACUACAGGUCAUUCAAAUACACUUAUAACAGCUCCAGCAGAAGUGGAGGUAGUUUCAGAAACUAAAUGCUGCUGCUUUUUUAAGAAGAAAAAAAAGAAACCAGGAAGACAGAAAUGACUCUCUGAUGCCUGUAGCCCUGAGCAAGAAGCUGUGCUGUUGCAUACCUCUCCUUCUGAAUCUAAGGAAAGUGUUGUUGCAAUACCCUUGCAAACAGCAGAAGUUUAGUUGAUUUGUCCAUUUGUAGUGUCCCCAGUCAUAAACAGAUGAACUAGGCCCUGUGGAUGGUCAACAGGAACACAGAUGCUUGUUUUCUCAUUUUUUAUCUCUUCUUUCAGCAGUUAAUUAACAUAUGCCAUGUUAAUAGAUAAACAGAAGUGUUUAAUACAAAGGCUUAGUUAAGAACAUCUAUAAUAUAUAUUUUUCAAGAUUUAAAAGGACAAGUGCUUGCAAGGAAUUCAAAAGUACAGGUACAAAAUGUUGACCAUAUGGUGCAGUUAAUCUUCUUGCUCAGUUAUUUCCUCAAUAAAUGCCUCCAAGUCAAAAGUGAGAAGCUGUUAAAUCAUCUGUAUGUAUAAUAAAAGUAUAAAUGCCAGUUAUCAAAACUAGCUGAAAUAUUAGUGGAGCUUAUGAAUAUAUUUAUGCCUUUUAAAAUUAUUGAAUGCACAUUCAUGGGGCAUGUGAUAUCAAUUUGAGGAAGAUAGCUUCCUCAUCGAGGAGGAUGGUAUCAAGGAUGUUGCCAUCAUAUAUUCCUGUUUAGUCAUGUCGCCAUCAGUCUAAGAGUGUACCAGUGUUUUAAUAGUGACUCGUAAAUGAUAGUGUUUGACAUUAUUAUUAUUAUUAUUAUAUUUUUGUUCUAAUAUCUCAGGUGUUUAGGGUUUGCCAUAAUAAACUUAAAAAAAAACAAAAAACAGUGUAACGUAACUUGAAAUUGUUACUUACGUAUCAUAUUUGUUACAUACACAAGUUAGAAGUCACAUGAAGAGUUACUGGUUGAGGUGUAAAUUUAGAGAUGAUAAGCUAUAGAAUAAUAAUAUAGUAUUUUAAUUUUUCUCACUUUCUUAUGCUUCACUCUAGAACAGUAAAAAUAAAAAAGUGUCAAAUAUCUGGUACUUAAAAAGGUGAAGUUACGUAGGCAACUAGUUCAGAAAGAGUUAAUCAUGUUUGUCCAUGAAAUUUUUUUAUUGCUUGAUAUUCAAACUUCUUUGUGAUUAGACAAGAAGUUUGUUAGAUAUAUUAAAUGGCACCUUAUCUUUUUUUGUAUACAUUUUCAGCAUAGGAUAAUACUACAGUGAAGAGAUCAGUAUUCUGUUUUUCCUUUUGUGUGUGUGUAUGUAUGUGUGUACAUAUAUAUAUACACACACACACACACAUACUUGAACAGUGACUCAUGCUGCAUGACAUUAGCAGUAGUAAAGACACUUGGUUACAUUUCAAAUAACAUUCAGUAUGUUUGCCUGUUGAUCCACGGAGCAGAGGUUUUGAUGGGCUUUCUUCUUCAUUUGGCUGCUGUUGGAGCAAGUUGUUUAGCAAUUUUUUGGAUAUUUAGAGUUAAACACAGUUCGCAUUGGAUUUUGAAUCUACAUAACCUUUGUUGCGUUUGUAAAAACAUUACUGUCCUCUUGUUACCACAGUAAGUCAAAGUGGCAAGUUUGUUGUUUUAAAAAGAUUGAUAUAUAUAUAUAUAUGUGUGUGUGUGUGGUCUGAAAAACAUGUAAAAAGUAAUUUCUUUCUAUAUUUUGCCUUGUGUAUUUCCUUUAUCUGAUUUUGUGUAUGUUGCUGAGACACGAUUAAAAGGUAGUUUACUGGAGAAAGAAGUUUUUGGACUUAAUUUUCCAAACCCUUAUAAGGAAAGUUUUUUUUUAUUUUAUAUAUAUAUAUAUAUAUAUAGCAGGUAAAAAAUAUGAUGAAACAAAAUUUGUCUUCUGGGGAAUAAACUUGGCCUAAGUUAUAAUUUGUUAGUUUGUCAUUAAAACUGCUUGGAAAAUAUCUGUUUUGAGUACUUAACAAUGUUUCUAGGUGUAAUUUUACAGAAUUAAUUAGGUAAGGUAAUUAAAAAAGUUAAUGUGCUUGGAAUCAAACAUUUUAUUUUGGCCUCUACAUCUUAAAUGCAAGCAGUUUGAUAAAAUGUGAUUUGGUGUUUUAAGAUCCUACUUUGAUAGUCAAUAAGUACAGUUAAUAAAUUACUUUUGUGUCUUGAUAUGAAAUGCCAACAAGUUAUUAUUGAUGUAUGUUUAGAUACCUAGAGAAAAACUACCUAAAUUUAGAAAACAAACAAGUCUUGAUUGUUGAAGAUUAGUAUUUAAAGAAAUAGCAACUGCAUGAAAAAAUAUCCAGAUAUUUUGUAAAUGGGCCAGGUUUUUAUCAUUUAAAAAAUAAACCCAACCAAACAAAAAAAACAAGAAAAAAAUGAUGAUGAAAGAAAGAACAUAGAUCUGUUUAAUUGAAUAUGGCAAACAAGCAUAGAAAAGUUGGUUGAAUGUCACACCGGAAACAAAAUUUUGUUUUGAUCAAACCAUUGCCUGAGAAUCAUUUCUUUUAUUGAACAUAAAUCUUCCCUUUACAUUCAUGUUGAAGUUUUAAGUAUUUAGAAAAGAAUGCUUUUCCAGUCUCAAAAUUGCAAAAAAAAUUAUAAAGGAACUCAUAAAAAAAAAACACUAAGUUCAAUUAUCAAGGGCAAUUAAUAUGGAAAAUUUUUCUGUUUUUAUAUUUGUAGGUGCCAUAGCUAUUUAAUUUUUCAAAGAUAGGUUGAAUAUUGCUUGUGUUUUUAAGAUCUUCACUGCACCUAAUUCUUAUGUACUACAUUAGAAUAAACUUGAGUUUGAUUCUGUAGUUGUGUAUCUAGUAAUAAACCAUAUUAUCAAUUUUGGAAUUUAUUGGAAUUUGAAGGUGAUGAAAAAAGAGAUAUGUAUGAUAACGAUUAUGCAGUAAUUCCUCUGCACUUACCAAUUUGUCUUAGGUUUAGUGUAAUUGUUUCUCUCCUAUUCUGCAUUUAUUCCUUCUAUGAGGGAUUUUUGGUUAGUGUUGGUAAUAUAUAUAUCAAUACAAUAUACCUAUGUUUCAGGUUACAUUAGCUUUGAGCUGUGAUUUUCAAGCUAUACAUUUAAAUGUUUAUGGCAAUAAUGCAAUAAAGUUAUGUUGGAUAAGACUGUGUUGUUCAGUUACAUAAUUUUGACUGUGGUUGUCAUUGGGAACACUUCAUUUUUUAUUAUUUUCUUAUCUGAGUACAAAGUUUACUAGCAGUAAACAUACAUCAUUGAAAUGUGCUCACUUUAGUAUAAGAGAAGAUAAUUUUGAGAAGUUACUAAAAAAGUGUAAGCUCUUGGAAUUGGGAAAUGUUCUCCUAUUUUUAAAUUUUUUUAUUGAUGUAUAGUAGUGAGUCAGUAAGGGCUACAAUAAAUUUAUAUUAUUACAUAUUGUUUAGACAGCAUUAAUAAAAAACUGUUCAGAAAAUGAAACUCGUUAUGGACCACACAUAUUCUGUUAAUGUAUUUUAUCCAAAAUCCACUAGUUCUACCACAUUCCAGUAAUUAUAACCUUGGUUGGCAGAAUUUACCUGUGUAUAAUAGUGUUAAAUGCUUAUUUCUGAAUUAUUUCUACUCGGAUAUUAUAAAACAUUCGUAGUACCAUGAUUAGAACAUUGUUUAGCUGACUUGUACUCACUGAAUAAAAAAUUAUGAAAUGGGAAAAAUUCAUAAGUUGAAAUCAAUCUUUUUUUUUCAUCCAUAAACUUUAUAACACUUUUUAACAAGGAACAUUUUCUGUAGUUUCUUAAAAAUAGUUUUUUUUUAUCGUUUAAAACAGGUAGUUUAAUGAAAGAGUUAAGGGUGUAUGAGAUUUUGAAAAUUGCUAUUUUAAACUAGUGCUUUUCUUUAUAUAUUGAAAAGGGAUUUUAAAUUUGUUUAUGUGACAUUGUAAUAUAUUUUCAAAGUUAUGCAUUUGCUUCCUUUUUAGUAAUAAUAUGUUUGUUUUAAGUUUGUGCAAUUCAGAUAUUGUACUUUCCUCUUAAUAUUGUAACAGAUCAAGAAAUAUAUAUUUGAUGUAUUUAGUAACAGACAUCAAACUACAGUAUUCUAGAUUUAUAAAGGUUUAAUUUAUUUCAAGUAAUGAAUAUGUAACUCGGUUGUAUUUUUCUUUAACUAGAAUUAUCUUGGCUAUUAAUAGAUAAUUUUUUUUUUAUCACGAAAUAUUCAAAUAAAGUUGAACCAAUUUCCCUUGAAAGUCAAAGAACUAGGUUCAUUAACUAUAAUACUUAGGGCCAAUUAUCUCAUUAAUAAUAGUAUUAUUUAUAGACUAAUGACCACCACAGAGUUAAAUGAGAUAAGAUGAUAUAUAUACACCAUGGUAAUUGUGAUCAUUACAUGUUUAAAUUAAAUGUAUUUUAUGUUAACUGGAAUUGUGACAUUAUUUCGUUUUUAGGUUUAACUAGUAUUCUUAACUUUUUUCAAUUGUGUAAAAAUCAGUAGAUUUUUUUUUUGUAUCUUGUAGGCUAGUCAGCUUUUAAAAUUAAUCUGAAUAAUACCAUUUGUGAAUGAACUAUUUGUUUUGGGUUUUAUUCAUUAAACUUGCCACUUUGAUGAGAAUUGGGUAAACGAUAGAUCUCAGCUAUCCAAAAUUAAAUCUAACUUUAUUAUAAUGUGAAAAUUAAUCGAAGUGAACCACAAGAAUGGUUACUGAAUUUUUUGUUUUCAUUUUACUAAAUUUUUAUUCACAUGUUAAAUAUUCAUUUCUGCUACCCAAUAACUACACCUUUGCUGGUGUUUUCGCCCUUUUUUUUUUAAUUAGUAAGUUUUAAUUGAAAGUUUGUGGCCCCUUCUCAUCUUGAAGGUUGUUCGUGUAACAGCUUGUAAGAUCAGAAGAAAAAAAAUAUUUGUAAUCUGUAUAGUUGGAAUAAACCAAGCUUGUUCAAAACGGA